AUGUCUAGAGGGGGAAAUAAAAGUCAGGAGGGAGUAGGUGAUGAAGGGGGGGAAUCUGAUGGGGGGGGGGAUGGUUUUAAUGCCUUUUAUGGAGAUGACAGGAGGACUGAGGAUGAGGAGCUUUUUGCCUUAGACAGGAGUUUGGGCAAGAAUAAUGACAAGGAGAUUGUUAAAAAGAAGGAGAAGGAAAAACGUGAGAAGGAGAAGAAAAAGUCUCAAAAGGGUACUGUCCGUGCAGGCAUUACCCUUGAUGAGAUUUUGGGAACGGAAUCGAUUCCCUCGAUGUCGGAGUCAGAGUUGGUUGCAUCUAAGCGACUGUUUUCGGAGCUCUCUGGCUCCGAAAUGGAGGAGACUGGUGACGAAAGGGUCUCAAAAACCCAGACGGCCAAGCGUGGUAGGAUACGCGGCGCGGCGAACCGAGCCUCGACUGCUCGUCAAGAGCUUCGUGAGAGGACUGAGGUGGCAAGGGAAGCCGACUUUAUAGCUUCCCUUGACAGUAGGUCUUUCAGGAAGGAAGUUGUCCUGGAGAGUUCUACUCCCCCGGGGCCACUUGACAUCGAUGUGGAUACGAUGGGCCCGGAUGAUUUGAUGCGUGCUGCCGAGAGCAAUCUUCAGGAGAUUCUCGGCAUCGCGAGCAAAUCGUCCAAUUUAAAAGGUGGGUAUGCAAAUAAAAUAAAGCGUGCUACCUUGGCGGUUAGGAUGGUGAUUGACGCGCUUGGGGCGCGUACAGAAGCGGAGGAGACUCGCCGUCUCAAGGCUGACAACAACAGGCUGCAACGAGAAUUGGCGAAUCUCCGCGAAGAAGUGCGCGCCUACAAGCGUGACUUUGAGAAGAGUAGAAGCGAGGCAGCGAAGGAGAGAAGUUCUCCAAUGUCCAGCGAACAGCUGGGCAUCUUGGAGAAAAGUAUCGCCCGCCUUGUUGGAAAUUUGGUGGAUGGACGACUCGCGGCUCUUGAGGAUCGAUUGCUGCCUCGCCCUGUUCUUCGACCGCCGUUGGCGGCGGAUAAGAAGAAAGUGGCCUGUGAAAAGAGGGCUGCUGAAGCUGGUCCUCCAGUCGUGGUGUCACGGUCCCGUAACGCUUCGCCUGUGUUGGCAUCCUCAGUGACGCGUCCUACAAUUCGUGAGGAGUUUCCGGCAUUGCCUGUGCGUCCAGACGUGCGUUCGGCUCCUCCUGCUAAGGCCAAGAAGGUCAAGGUGGCUAAACAAGCAGAGUGGUCGAGCUUUGGCCCAUCCACCUCGAAGCAGGCGCCUGCUCCAGCAGCGGGCGCUGAGAAGGAGCCUUCUGCAUCAGCACCCGCGAUCGUUGCAAAGGAAGGGCCCUCGACGGAAUGGACAGAAGUUGUCCGGAAGAAGGCCUCGUCAAAGAAGUCGGCGCCUAAACCACAACCCGUUAAGGCGCCGAAGAUUGUGAUGCCACGCUCCACGGCUGUGGUCGUCAAGUUGAGGCCGGAAGCGGUCCUCAAUGGUGUGACCUACAGUUCCGCCCUACAAAAGGCGGAGGGGGCCAUAGAUUUAAAGGAGUUGGGGAUUGGUCCCCUUCGUAUAAGACAGGCAGCUACAGGAGCCAGAGUUAUUGAAAUUCCUGGCUCCACCAGCCAUGAGAAGGCUGACUCACUAGCGGCCCGCCUCAAGGUGGUUCUGGCGGAACAAGCCGAUGUCUCUAGGCCUGUGAAAUGUUCCGAUUUUAAGAUCACGGGCCUAUCUGAUGCUGUGACCUCGGAAUCUCUUAAGUCCGCGGUCGCUAGAGAAGGUGACUGUCUCCCCUCUCAGGUGUGGGUAGGGGAGAUCCAAAGGGGCAUCGUUGGAACGGGCUUUGCUCGCAUGAGCUGCCCUGUGACGGCAGCCAAAAAAUUGGUGUCGCUGGGCAGUAUCGCUGUGGGGUGGAGCAAGGCCACGCUCCAUCUGGUAAACGCACGCCCCAAGCACUGCUUCCGUUGCUUGGGCAUGGGGCAUUUUGCGGCGUUGUGCCCCCCGUCGAAUAAAGAUCGCAGCAAUUUAUGUUACCGCUGCGGUCUACCCGGACACAAUUCGUCCGAGUGCUCGGUUAAGAAGCCGAAAUGUGCAGUUUGCACGGAUGCAGGUCGUCCAGCAGAUCAUGUGAUGGGGGGCAUGUCUUGCAACCCCCCACCAGUUCGUGGAAAAAUUCGCUCCUCUCUAAUAGAAGGGAGGAGUCUGGCGUCGCCUGAGGCCCAAAUGUCCGACUAA